UCACACAUUACAAUAUUUUCCUCCUCUCUCCAAACUUUUCUGCUCGGCUCUGCCUGCAGUGUGAGCGGGCAGAGAGGAGGCUGUGAUGCUCUCUCUGCGGGGGAAACGCGCUGAGGAGGUACCGACACCGGAGGAGAUUUAUGUUUAAGGACUGCACCCCGGAGAGGAGAGGCUGCCCGGAGCCCGUCAGCAUGCGGCUCCUGUUGAGCCUCCUGUAUCCCGUCCUCCUCCUCACCGUCUUCGGAUUAUACCCCUCCAUGACUAUCGGCCCAAAGGAGGGAUGGCAGGUGUACAGCUCGGCUCAGGAUGCGGACGGUCGAUGUAUCUGCACUGUGGUGGCUCCAGAACAGAGUCUGUGCUCCAGAGACGCAAAGAGCAGACAGCUCCGCCAGCUGCUGGAGAAGGUGCAGAACAUGUCUCAGUCGAUCGAGGUGCUGAACCUGAGGACGCAGAGAGACUUCCAGUACGUCAUGAAGAUGGAGAACCAGAUGAAGGGCCUGAGGACCAAGUUCAGACAGAUCGAGGACGACAGGAAAUCCAUCAUGGCCCGAAACUUCCAGGAGCUGAAGGAGAAGAUGGACGAGCUGAAACCGCUGAUCCCCGUGCUGGAGCAGUACAAGAUGGACGCAGCGCUCAUCUCGCAGUUUAAGGAGGAGAUCAGGAACCUGUCAGCGGUGCUGACGGGGAUCCAGGAGGAGCUCGGAGCGUACGACUACGACGAGCUCUACAAGAGAGUUCUGAAACUGGACAGCCGGCUGCGCAGCUGUAUGGGCAAACUGACGUGUGGGAAAUUAAUGAAAAUCACUGGACCUGCGACAAUAAAGACAUCUGGAACCCGGUUUGGUGCAUGGAUGACUGAUCCUGUGGCAUCGACCAGAAACAACAGGGUCUGGUACAUGGACAGUUACACCAACAGUAAGAUUGUGCGCGAGUACAAGACAAUGGACGACUUCGUAGCAGGCGCUGUUUCCAGAACCUACAGCCUCCCAUUUAAGUGGGAGGGAACCAAUCACAUGGUCUACAACGGCUCGCUCUACUACAACAAGUACCAGAGCAACAUCAUCGUGAAGUACAGCUUCGAGUCAGGCAGCGUGUUGGCUCAGAGAGCGCUGGAGUUCGCCGGUUUUCACAACAUGUACCCAUACACCUGGGGAGGAUACUCAGACAUCGACGUCAUGGCGGACGAGCUGGGAAUGUGGGCCGUGUACGCGACCAAUCAGAACGCCGGAAACGUGGUGAUCUCUCAGAUCGACCCAGACACGCUGCAGGUCCUGAAGACGUGGAACACGGAGUACUCGAAGAGGAACGCGGGCGAGUCCUUCAUGAUCUGCGGUACGCUCUACAUCACUAACUCACACCUGUCAGGAGCCAAGGUGUACUACGCCUUCUCCACCAAGACAUCCACCUACGAGUACAUCGACAUCCCCUUCCACAACCAGUACUUCCACAUCUCCAUGCUCGACUACAACGCCAGAGAGCGGGCGCUGUACGCCUGGAACAACGGACACCAGGUGGUAUUUAACGUCACGCUGUUCCACGUCAUAAAAACGGACGAUGACUCUUAAACUUUUUAGACACACCUGGAGCUCCGUCCUUUGUGAUACCAGGAUCUCCUGAUUAACCGUGGCUCCUUUUCAAAUAUGGACCGCGGGAUCUUUACUCGCCACUUCUUGAACUUUUCUGAACCGUGGCUCUGCGUUCUCGUCUGGACUUAACAUGGACGCCACCGACUGAUACUAACACGUUGGACUCACGUUUCUUUGCUGCUGAUCCAGACUCUGCUUUGCCUUCUUUGCUCCGUGUUUGCUCUGCUAGCCAAGGGAAGCUUCUGCAUGAAAGUCCACUUUUUGUCUGCAAUGAUUUCUUAAUAUAUGUGUGCUUUUGUUGCAAAGAUCUGUGUUUUGCAUUUUUUGGGAUAUUUAAAAAUCUAUUCAAAGUAUUUAAACUCUUCUGCGUAUUCGCUUCCAUGAACUCCACUGAUGUACGAUAUAUGAACUUUCCUUCUUUUGAAUAACCGGCUGAUAAACUUUUGCUGUAACGUUCGUCUCUGUGAAAGAAAAUAUUUGUAUUUUUUAUAAAACUUAAGUCGUAGGAGAGAAUCUGUCAUUCAUAUUAAAUGAUUGUACAU